AUGCUGUCCACUAGAUACUACGUUCCUGAGCCCCUCCCCCAAAACGAUCGGAACAACCAUAUGCAGGGUACCAUAAAGUCGAAAGAUGUGACGGAGCGGAGAGAUGUUGACAUAGAAUAUUUAGUAGAUAGAUUGCUAAAUUUUCACGAGAGACACCAAGGACCUAGCAGAAUUAUUGUUACAGUUGCCGGAGUUCCUGGUUCUGGGAAGUCUACUGUAACCAAAAAAGUAUGCGAUGAACUUAACAAGAAACUAGGUGCCGCAUUUGUUGUUGUGUUGCCGCAAGACGGUUUUCAUUACUAUCGUAAAGAGUUGAUGAAUACUGCCGAUCCUGAAGAAAGUAUGCGCAGAAGAGGAGCUCCUUUCACUUUCAAUAAUGAAAAGCUCUUGGCAAUGGUUCAACGUGUAAAGUUUCGUGGGAAUAGUACUAUAUUAGCACCGGAUUUUAGCCAUCAGUUAAAAGAUCCUACUGAGAAUUCGAUAAUAAUAACUCCUCAAACAAGAAUAGUUUUGGUGGAAGGAAACUAUGUUCACUUAAAUGCAGACUCAUGGAAGGAAAUAUCCGCUCUCGCGGACGAUAAAUGGACUGUGCUUGCAGACCUUGAUAUGAUCAAAGAAAGGUUAAUUAAACGACACGUAGAAGCUGGUAUAUGUGCGAACGAGAAAGAAUCUGAAGCACGAGUUGAGAAAAACGAUCUCGUCAAUGCCAAAUAUAUUAUAGAUCAUUCUGUUAGUCCGAAUAUCGUCAUCAUGAAUCUGACGUAG